GUGUGGGUUCGGCGUGUCAAGUGUUGCAUUAUCAAUCAGGAUGGCGCAGCGAAGAUCGUGUGCAUCGCUUGGGCACCGAACAAUGUCAAAUUCGCUGUUGGAACAGUCGAUCGCAUGGUUCUUUUGUUCGACGAAGCCGGCGAGAAGAAGGACAAAUUUCCUACCAAACCUGCGGAUGCGAAGUUCGGUAAGAAGAACUACAUGGUACGAGGACUCGCUUUCUCUCCUGAUUCAACCAAAAUUGCUGUUGGUCAGACGGAUAACAUCAUUUACGUGUACAAGAUUGGCGAAGACUGGGGUGAGAAGAAAGUGAUCUGCAACAAGUUCGUGCAAAGCGCCGCCGUGACGACGAUGAUUUGGCCGUCCGAAGGUCCGAUCGUUUACGGUCUAGCGGAUGGUAAAGUUCGUGCUGCUGACGUGAAAACGGGAAAGUCACAAACAUUGUAUGGAACAAAUUCGUUCGUCUGCGCUUUGGCACCAAGUCCCAAUGGACGAGCCUUUUUGUCAGGUCAUGCGGAUGGAACUGUGGUUCGCUGCUACGUCGCUCAAGAUGAUAAUCCCAUGCCCCAGGGGAAGGUGAUUUCACACGGAGUCCCACCCUAUGCUUUGGUAUGGGCUUCAAACCACAUCUUCGUUGGCGGAUGCGACAAGAAAGCAGCGUUUUUCACGUUUGACGGGAAAUUAGCUCAAGCCUUCGACUAUAGCCGAGAUGCAAGUGAGAAAGAGCUGACGGUGGCUGUGUGUUCACCGUCGGGACAAAGCGUCGUUGUUGGCAGCUACAACAGGAUCCGACAGUACAAUUACACUCCGAGCAGGGCCACGUGGGACGAAGCCCCGAAAAAGGAUUUGCCUAAUUUGUACACCAUCACGUCGUUGGCGUGGAAACGAGACGGAUCGAGAGUUCUUUGUGGCACUCUUUGCGGGGCUGUUGAAAUGUUCGAUUCAGUCAUGAAACGCUCCGUUCUGAACAACCGAUGGGAAAUGACAUUCGUUGGUCCGAGUCAAGUAUUGAUUAAGCCGUUGCAAGGCAAGGGUCGAGGAGUCAUUCUCAAGUCUCAGUACGGGUACGAAAUCGAGGAUGUGAAGAUCAUGGGUCAGGACAGGUACUUGAUGGGGAGAACGACGGAAACUUUGCUGUUGGGAGACUUGCAGCGGAACUUGCUCAGCGAAGUUAUCUGGGUGUCCACGGGAGGAAACGAAAAGUUCUAUUUUGAAAAUGAAAACGUUUGCAUGGUGUUCAAUGCUGGGGAACUGAGCUUGGUGGAGUACGGGAAUAAUGAAAUCCUCGGCUCUGUGAGAACCGAGUUCAUGAAUCCACAUCUCAUCAGCGUGCGGAUCAACGAAAGGAAACAGCGUGGCGUGGAAGAAAACAAGAAGCUUGCAUAUUUGCUGGACCUGAAAACUGUUCGCGUUGUUGACCUUGCAUAUGGGAUGACUCUCGCAGAAAUUAGCCAUGAUUCCAAGUUGGAUUGGCUAGAACUGAAUGAAACUGGCACAAAGUUGCUUUUCCGUGAUAAACGACUGCGCUUGAACCUGUUCGACAUGGAAUACCAAGAAACCGUUUCGCUGCUAAACUACUGCACUUACUGGGUUGUUGGCAGUGACGUUGUCGUCGCACAGAAUCGGGAAAAUCUCUGCAUAUGGUACAACAUCGAAGUCCCGGAUCGAAUGACCAUGUAUCCCGUAAAAGGUUCAGUUGUCGACAUCGAACGUGCUGAUGGGAAAACUGAAGUCAUCGUGAAAGAAGGAAGCCACCAAGUGAGCUACCAACUGGAUGAGGGUCUGAUUGAAUUUGGCACUGCGGUGGAAGAUGGGGAUUUCGGACGUGCUGUCUCCUUUCUGGAAAGCCUUGACGAAGAAACUCCGGAAGCUGAGGCCAUGUGGAGAACUUUGGCGAAACUUGCUCUUGAUUCGCGUAAUUUGGCUGUUGCUCAUCGGUGUUAUGCUGCUUUGGGAGACGUGGCAAAAUCUAGAUACCUCAUGCACAUGAACGAAGUUGCGGAUGCUGCUGCGGAGCAGAUUGGUGGAGAAGGAACCCAGUUUUUUGGGGUUCGAGCCAUGAUGGCCAUUUUGGAGAAGGAUUUCAAGGCUGCUGAAGGCAUCUAUCUGGAACAGGGUCAAGUCAAUGCUGCGAUGGAGAUGUAUCAGUCGUUGCAUCGCUGGGAUGACGCCUUGCAGUUGGCUGAAGCCCGAGGUGUCGAAGACAUGGCGGAGUUAGCUUUGUCCAGUGAGGAUUUGGUUAAUGACAUGGAACUGAUCCAACGCAUCGCUGGAGGCCUACUAAAAGGAGAAUUCUAUGAAAAAGCCGGCGACCUUUACGAACGCGUCAAUGAUGAACAAAAGGCAAUGGAAUGCUAUAGCCGAGGCAAAGCAUUUGGAAGAGCCGUUGAACUUGCUCGACUCGCCUUUCCUUCAGAGGUUGUUACGUUGGAAGAGCAAUGGGGAGACCAUUUGAUGAGCAUAAAGCAAUUGGACGCUGCCAUCAAUCAUUACAUCGAGGCUGGCAACACUGUGAAAGCGUUGGAUGCAGCGAUUGCCAGUCGUCAAUGGAGACGAGCUGUGCAAAUCAUUCAGGUAGAUUCAGCAAACAAAUUCGAGCCAGUCAUUGACAACCCAUCAGCCCUAGGAAAAUACUACGGAAAAUUAGCUGAGCACUUCACAUCUAUCGGAGAUCUUCAAACAGCGGAGAAGUUUUAUCUUGAUGCCGGCCUGCACAUGGAUGCGAUUGAAAUGUACAACAAAGCUGGACAAUGGGAACAAGCCCAUAGGCUAGCUUCGAAGUACUUGAGAAGUGACGAAGUUGCUGAAAUGUACAUCACGCAAGCUCAGAAUCUAGAGCUGCAGGGAAAAUGGCGCGAUGCCGAAAGACUGUACAUUGCUGUUGCCGAGCCGGAUUUGGCAAUAACUAUGUACAAGAAUCAUCAUCAGUUUGAUCAGAUGAUGAGACUUGUGUCACAGUACCAUCCCGAUCUUGUGGCUACAACACAUGUCCAUCUCGCGAAAGAAUUGGAGAAUGAAGGAACUUAUCAGCAAGCGGAGAACCAUUAUGUUCAGGCACAGGAGUGGAAAACUGCCGUCAGCAUGUACAGAAAUGCUGAAUUAUGGGAAGAUGCUUACCGGGUUGCCAAAAAUCAUGGUGGACCUCAUGCAGGAAAACAAGUGGCAUUUUUGUGGGCAAAAUCACUGGGCGGAGAUUCAGCUGUGAAACUCCUCAAUAAGUUCGGACUAUUGGAGCAAUGUAUUGACUAUGCUUGCGAAGUUGCCCUGUUCGAUUUUGCCUUUGAUCUGGCGAAAACAGCUAUAAAAGGCAAGCUCCCAGAGAUACAUUAUAAGCAUGCGAUGUCUUUGGAAGAUGACGGGAAGUUCCAGGAAGCUGAAGGAGAGUUUAUAAAAGCAGGGAAACCGAAGGAAGCCGUUUUGAUGUAUGUUCAUAACCAAGAUUGGGAAAGUGCGCAGAGAGUCGCCGAAAGUCAUGAUCCGGACUCAGUUGGAGAUGUUCUCGUUGGACAAGCAAAAGUCGCUUUCACGGCUCGGGAUUUUCCUCGAUUCGAGUCCCUUUUGUUGCGAGCACAACGUCCGGAGAUUGCCAUCAAAUUAUACCGGGAUGGUGGAAUGUGGACCGAGGCUUUGCGCUUGUGCAAGGAAUACUUGCCCCACAGACUGCAGCAGCUGCAGGACGAGUAUGACCGGGAAGUUAUGACGCAGCCGGGUCGGGACGGAAAUUCGUUGCUGAUACAAGCUCGAGACUGGGAAGAAUCUGGGGAUUAUCCCAGAGCCAUUGAAUGUUAUUUGAAGGUAACAACCGGAUCAGUUAGUGAUCCAAUGCAACUGGAAAAAGCGUGGUCGUCUGCUGGAAACCUUGCGUUGAAAUUCUUGGAUCAAGACAAGGCCAUGGAAGUGGUUCGAAGAGCAGCUGGAAAUUUGAUGCAACAUUCACGAUUCAGUGCGGCGGCGCAACUUUUCCUGGGGGCUGAUAUGGUGAGAGAAGCCAUUGAUGCUCUGAUAGCAGGAGAAGAAUGGGGCAAAGCGAAAAAAGUUGCCAAAGAACUGGAUCCACGAUUUGAGCCGUAUGUCGACUCCAAGUACAAGGACUUUCUGAAGAACGCUGGCAACACUGAGCAACUGGCCAGCGUCGAUUUGAUCAGCGCUUUGGACAUGUACGCGGAACGCGGGGAUUGGCGCAAAUGCAUCGAAACUGCGGAGCAAAAUGGGCAGCAGGUUUUGCAGAAAUAUCUGGCGCUGUAUGCGACGCAUUUGGUUCGGGAAAAUCAACCAGCCGAAGCUAUAAAGCUUUAUGCGAAGCACGGAGCACCGGACAAUCCCCAAAAUUACAAUUUGUACAAGAAAAUUGCCGUGGACAUGUUCAGCCAACCCGGGAUGGAAACAUUGUCCUCUUACAGAAGCUGGGCUGACCUGCGAAGCACUCUGUUCGGACUGACGAGCCAAAUGCAAGAAAAGGGACACCCCGGCGAAUUCGAAACUUUCCUGCUUAUUUCGCAUUUCUACGCCUUGAGGGCAAUUUGUCGGUCAGUGAAAUCGUUGGAGAAAAUUGCUGCGAAAAUUUCAGUGGCCCUUCUUCGCUACACGGAUAUCAUCCCUGCGGACAAGGCGUUUUACGAAGCAGGUGCUGCCUCCAAGGGCAUGGGUUGGGAAAACAUGGCGUUUGUGUUCUUCAACCACUUCUUGGAUUUGUGCGGAGCUAUCGAGGACGGAAACGCGGAUGCUUUGGAUCAUUCAGACUUCAUCGACACAGACAUCCCAUUCGAGAUUCCGUUACCCGAAAGAGUCAGUAUUCCAGCAGAGAAGCAAGAAGAGGCCAAGGAAUGGGUUCUCGCCGUGUCCAUUGACCAGAAGGUCGAACAGAUAUUGCCGAUGGACGAAAGAUCGGCUUAUGAGGCAUCAUUAAGAUCUCCAGAUGGUCAGAUAUUGCAACCUUGCAUCAUAUCGGGUUACCCGGUUUUGCGGAACAAGAUCUCCUUCAAGAAAGACAAUCGUGUGGCGAACAAGGAAGAGUGGAACAGGUUGAUAAUGGAGUCGAAAAUGUCUCCUUCGUCGGAAAUGAGUGACUUGCUGGCUUUCAUCGCGAAAUGGGCCGGUGAAUCUGCUGGACCGUCUUAUUCGUUCAAGUGAAGCUGCGGGCGAUUGUUUUUAGCGAUUUCUGAGCUGAAAACUCGUCUGAUGGGAAGAAACGAGUGGCACAAAGGUUGAAUUUGUUGAAAAGAAUUAAUUUUGUUCAAAUUAGCUAAGUAGUCUUGAUUUGUGCUUUAGAAUCAUUGUGUUCCUGCCACGCGUGUGUUAUCUGAAGAUUUUGGUAUCACGCGGAUAGUCUGUGUUCGAUUUACAGCGGGAUAUACCUUUUUCACCUUAGUAUCACGCACCCUCAAGUGAGGCGUGCACCAACAUUUUUCAACCUAAAAUAUAAAUGAGAUUGUAUCCCUUAGUAAGACAUGCACCCUAUUUUCAGAGACUGAAAAUUGAAAUACAUUAUUUUGCUGAUGGAAUGAAUCAGAAUUUCAGAAUUUAAAUUUCGACAUGAAAUAUGUAGUCGAACCAUUGAUAUUUUAUCAUUUCCAAUUUGAAAUCGCUCGUAGAAAAUGGUUAAAAAUUCUUUGUUGAAAUCAAAUUUAAUGUGCACCGAAGCUUGAAUUGUUUUUACAAAUCUUUUACGUGUCUUAUCAUGACCAGCUCUUAUAUUUUGUUCUGUUGUUUUUUGGAAAAUUGCGUCUGGUACACAAGUGAAUACCGUGCAAGUAAAUACUGUGUCCAAGAAAUUACUGUGUAGUGAUGGGUAUUGCAGUUUUAAUGGCUGCAUUUCCGACUAGAUUCGUGAAUGAUGUCGAUCUCCGAUGUACUGUACUGUAUUAUGUUGUGAGGCUAGGUGAUCGCAUUUAUACACGGGGAAAUAUUUCAGCGGAAAUUGUGAAAAAACCUCGAUUGCACUCGACCGUGUAGUAACUUUUGAACGCCUUGUUUGAGAAAAAUUGAAAUACUUUUCGACGUGUACUGUGACGAAGCACCGAUCUCGAAAUCAAUAGCAUUUUAUUCUGUGGAACGCA